UUUACCUUUGCGAUUACGACCUUAUCCACACGAAAACGGGAAACUUGUUGUUGGUUUUGAGAGUGACGGAGAUAGCUUACAUUUUGGUCUUGUUCAUGUCCGCCUCCGUCUUCUCUCAUGGCGUCCAGAGGUGACUCCGCGGGGGCAUCCAAGCCCCGAUCUCGUCGCUCUAUAGCUCAUGUCCCGCGAUCGAGAUUGCUUUCUGGAGGGGACAAGGAAAAUACUACAACAGAUAUUAGCGCUGGUCAAUCACUGGCUGGUCGGGGACCGGCGAUUGGGAAGGGAAAGAAAUCACGCAGCAAGAGUUUAGGACCUGGUGGUUUGGAUGCGCUUCAGGACUCUAAUGGGAACCGACGGAAGUCUACUGCAGUAUUUCCGCUCAAAUCGAUUCUUAAACCAACCGUUCCCGUCUCCCCAGUGCGAAACAUUCCUUCUUUCGAAGAAACGCGCAGGAAAACCCCCGCUCGUGGGGCGACACAACAAGAAGACAAUGCAGAAAAGAACCAGAAUGCACAGGAGGGGCUUUUGAUUGAAUUCGAUACUCCCGCUCCUCAACACACCUCCAAACCCGAAGAUAUAACUAACCCGUUUGAUACUUUUAACGCCGAUUCGCUCCGCGAUGAGAUGGCAGCUGUAAGAGAGCAGGAGGAGAAAGAACAACGAGAAAGGGAACGAAGGGCUAUACUUGAUCAAAGGGAAGCUCGUCGGAAGUCUAUGGCUAACCGACGUGUGUCCUUUGCGCCUGAAGCGACAUUGCAUACAUGGAAUGUGGUGGAAAUACCUGACGAUUCGACCUCCUCAUCCACAUCCAACUCAACUCGACGAGCGUCGUCACUGACGACAGCUGGAAACAAAACACCUGUGCAAGAACCGCAGCAGGCUGAACCUCCGAGCUCGCCGGAUCUGGAUGCGGAAUCCGACAUUGCAUUCUCCCCAGUACAAUACCCGGACCUAGCUCAACUACGGAACCUCCCCCGGACCGGAGGAUACGACGGAACGGCCUCCCAGGACAUGUCCUCCAGCCCGUUUAGUGGGAGCGAAGCCAGUGAGGAUACAGGGCUGCAAUCUGCCAGGGAUGACGACGACGACGACGAUGAUAACUCAUCUAUCUCCGGCUUUGAAGGGGAAAGCACAGCGAUGAGUAUGGAUGAUAUGUCUGUUCACUCUGCUAUGACAGCACAGUCGAAUAGAUCCGACUCUAGCAGCAGGCUGAAUGAAGCUUUACGACAGGCAGCACGUGAAGCGGGAAGGAAGAGCAUCGACUACGAGGAUAAUGAAGAUGUCUCGAUGGAAAUUGCUGACCAGGAGAUUACGGGUGCCUUCCAGCCUUGGAUUAAGAAAGGACAGCGGCAGAGUUUUGACUGGGAAGAUAUCAGUGCACGACUGGACCAAGAAAAUGUUGAUCCUUCCAAACCCUCGAACACUGGGGUUUCAGAUGUCGCAAGUGAUGUUGAUCGUGAUGAUGAUGAUGAUAAUGAAGACCUUAGCAUGGAGGUAACGAACGCCAUUGGGCGCAUUAUCCCCAAUCGUCGACAGAGUGAAAUUCGUCGCAAGUCAAGUGGAGAAGAAACGAACUACGGUGAGCAGACGAUGGAGUUCACUAAUGUCGUUGGAGGUAUCGCACAGCUUGUUUCUCCUGCCAAAUCCACUGGGGCCGAUAGCAAUGUGGAUGAUGAUGAAGAAAUGACCAUGGAGUUCACCUCGGUUGUUGGGGGUGUCUUGAACAAACUUCCUCACCCUCAACUUGUGGAUGGGAAUGGGGAUGAGGAGGUCGGUGCCAUGACUCCAGGUAGAGAUCGAAACUUUUCUGAGUGGAAUGAGGAAGAUGACAUGGAUGAAGGGGCAGAUAUGGAAAUUACUGGAGCCGUCGGGGGUAUACUUCCACCAAUUCAGGAGCAGGCUGAGCCUGAAGAUGAAGACCAGACUGCGGGCAUGGAAUUUACCACAGCGAUGGGGAAAAUAUUGCCACCGGCUCGUGAAAGUCCUCGUCGAGAGAACAAAGCGUUGGAACGCGAGACUCCAGGAAGCUCACCAUUCCAAGAAACCGUUAGGGCAUCACCUGCGAAAUCGCAAGCUUUGUUCCACGUUGCUGCUGUGGCUUCAGAGAACGGGAGUCCCAGUCUCGCAAGCGUCAGAUCUAGACGCACAAGGCAAAGCUUGAGUCGCGGGGCCUCCACAACGCCGACUUCAACUACACCACAAGUAUCCCCAGCCAAGGAAGCUUCGGCCUCCCGCAAACAAUUCACGCCUCAAGUGAAUCGGCCCACUACUCCUUCCAAGACGCCCCGAUCUCAAGAUCAGAGCCCACGAAGUGCAUCGCCCAAGAAACUUUUCCAGCCGGAGCCCCAAGCAUCUGAGAGUCACCAGAAAUCUCCUGGUCGUAGGAGUCUAUUUGGCCAAAAUGCGGCAGGAGAGUCCGCUCCUCUCUUUGUUCUACGGCCGCCUGGUAAGAGACGUUCCUCUGGCCUUGGAAUCGACCGGGAAGGACUAGGUUCUCCACGAGUUGCGGCUAUGCUUGACAAGCGCCGAUCGAUUGGUGAGGAAGCCGGAGACUUUGUCCCUCAGGAUAAAAGGCAACAAGGGGUGCGUUUUGAAGACCCUAUCAAACUCCAGGAGGAGGUUGACCGCGAGCGCGAGGAAGAGGAAAGCCGGGAGGACGGCCAUAUCCCACCACCUCAGCCCAAUGACCGAGACCCCACUGCAAACUUGAGAGAUAUGAUCUCUAGCCUUACACCAAAGAAGAACAAGCUUCGUGGCCGAAAGAGUCUGCAUGUUGGUGCUGCCCGUGGUCUCCUCGGCAAACGUCCUGUCGAGCUAGAUCAGGAUGAUGAAGAGGAGGCCAACAACACACCAAAACGGUUGAGACGUCGCGAGGAUAUGAGUCCAGUGAAGAAUGUUAAACUGCCACCCCCUCCAUCCAAAGAAGAAACAGUUGGUCGCGGUCCUCGCUCCCCAGUGCGCAAACCCUUGGCUGUCUCUCCCUCCAAAGCUAGUACAACUCCCACACAAGAGCCAAAGGCUGGUUUUGGGUUGAUUGACACCCCCCAGAAGGAGUCGGAUACAUCAGAUACUCUACCUGACGCUGUUACUAUGCAAGAGGACACCGGGUCUGACGUCGAACCCAUCCAACUGCAGGACUUUCUCAACAUGACUAAUAUCCAUUUCAUGGAACUCACAACUACGAAGAGGAGACACACAACCGCGCCUGACAGUAUUAGCAAAAGGGCAGCUAGGCUCUCACUUGAUGACGACAAGUCUAGUGCUGCCAAUUUCGACGACUGUGUUGCCGCUGGGUUCUGCACUGUGCCUAUGCUGGAGCUGUAUCAGCAUUCCUGUCGAGAGCUGAAAUCGUACAUUUCCGAAGGGCGGCAAAUCAUUCGGUCCAUUGAGACCGAAACAUACGCAGACAAUCCACCUCUAUUCAGAGAGUAUAUGACGGCGGCACCUGACAUCCGUUUGUUGAUGGAUAACCAGUUCCGGAAUGUGAAAACUCAUACUAGGAUGCUGAGUAAGGCUACAUGGUAUGAGUGGCGUAUGAAACUUCUGGAGGGUCUCAAAGAUGGACUUGAUAAACAUGUGGAAGAAAUAAAGGCCGAUGGCAGUCUGUUGUCGAAACACGAGGAACUGCUCAAUAAUGCUGUCCCUGCGCUUGUUGAGAAGCAUUCGGCGCUCGAGAAAGAAGCGGCAAAUCUGCAACAGCUAGUCGAUGAGCUAGAGAACUGUGACCAGGAGGAACUGCGCAGCGCACGAGACAAACUUGCGCAAGCGGAGGAGGAGAUUGCGUUGAAAAAGAAGAUGCUUCAAGAGCUGCAGGACGAGGUUCAGGGCAAGACGGACACUAUUGAAACGGGCGCAGAACUCAAAGCCGAAUUCCUGGCCCAAAUCCAGGAGGCAGAAAGAGUCAAGGAGGAGUGCCGUGGAUGGAGUGCAAAGGAGAUCUGCGAAUUGAAAGACUCUGUCCAGAAGAUCGAACAGAAAACAGGCUGGUCGAUUGUUUCUGCAUCUCCUUCCGAGUUCGCCGCAGGCCCUGUGGUGACAAUGUCCUAUCGACAUCAGCUACAGAUCACGUUCCAUCCAGGUUCAUUCCACCUUGAAGCUGGUGCCACCAAACCUUCACCUAGUCAGAAUGCAAGGACGCCCGUUGAACUGAAAUACCACCCCGAAGUCGGGGAAAAGGGCACCAAAACAUCUCAGUUAUCCCCCAUCACCUUGUUAGUUCUGAAGUCCCUCCAGAACUAUCUUGCCGGCAUCAAUCAGUCCACGGUCGCCGCAAAGCAGCUUCUUCGCUUCGUAUCGGAAGCAUGGGAUUUGGCCUCACAGCUGGAGGAGGAAGCCCACAUGCUCGAAUUCCAGGGUGUGACUAAACUCCACCUUUCUGAUGACACCAAGCCUUCUCUAAGAGCACGAUGCACGCUUCUUGGAACAAUCUCCUUGGCACCUACGAAGAUACCUCAUUCAACGCCCGCAAAGACACAGCAGGCCACGAGUAAGAGCCGAGUCGACGUGGACUUUGCCGUGACGACCCGUAUUCGGGAGAAAGAAGGCGGAAUCGGCGUAAUGGAUAUCCAAACCGACGUGAUCGCCAGCAAAGUCUACGGCUUCGGAACCGACAACGGAACAGGUCCAUCAGAGAAGGAAAUGCAGAGCAUCCUCUCCAAGGAGCUGAAGGGGGUCAAUAAAUCGGGGCUCAGCCUGGGCCACGGCGUGUGGAGUAAAGCGGUCCAAAUGCUUUCUGGCAAGGUAUUUUGAUGAAAGGAUGGAUCGGUUAUCUUGGUAUCCUUUGUCUUUCUCUUUCUAGCUUUCUUCUUCCCGGGGGUUGUUUUUACUUUGAUUGCCC